CGGAGCUGAAGUACAGAAACCAUAUUUACAGGUACAUGUGACAGUGCCGCAGCUAUGAGUGGAAUUUUAAAGGGGAAGUUGGAAGAAAUUGACGGCUCUUCACCCUGCUCCUCUGUGCAGGAUUCAGAUGAUGACGUUUUUAGCUGUGUCGGUGCUGACAGUGUUGAUAGUGUACUCUGUCCACUUGUAAUCUUUUCACUGGAAAAAAGAAGGAGAUAUCAACUGACUGAAAUGAUGUUUUCAGAAGCAUAGAAUCUUCAGGAAGAUACUGGAGUUCAUGAGAUCUCAAGGUACAUGUGACAGCGCCGCAGCUAUGAGUGGAAUUUUAAAGAGGAAGUUUGAAGAAGUUGACGGCUCUUCACCCUGCUCCUCUGUGCGGGAAUCAGAUGAUGACGUUUCCAGCAGCGAGAGUGCUGACAGUGGGGACAGUGUCAAUCCAUCCACUUCUAAUCAUUUUCCCCCUUCCUCCAUCCUCAAAAGGGAGAAGCGGCUAAGGACAAAGAAUGUGCAUUUUAGCUGUGUCACCGUGUACUACUUCACCAGGAGGCAAGGAUUCACGAGCGUGCCCAGUCAAGGGGGUAGCACCCUGGGCAUGUCCAGCCGCCAUAACAGUGUGCGCCAGUACACUCUUGGUGAAUUUGCAAGAGAACAGGAGAGGCUGCACCGGGAGAUGUUGAGAGAACACCUCAGGGAGGAGAAACUGAACUCUUUAAAACUAAAGAUGACCAAGAAUGGCACAGUGGAAUCUGAAGAAGCCAGCACUCUUACAGUGGACGACAUUUCUGAUGAUGAUAUUGAUUUAGACAACACGGAGGUAGACGAGUACUUCUUUCUACAACCCCUGCCAACAAAAAAACGGAGAGCACUGCUGCGGGCCUCUGGGGUGAAAAAGAUUGACGUGGAAGAAAAGCAUGAGCUGCGCGCCAUCCGCCUAUCGAGAGAGGACUGUGGCUGUGACUGCCGAGUGUUCUGUGAUCCAGAAACGUGUACCUGCAGCCUGGCAGGUAUUAAGUGCCAGGUGGAUCGAAUGUCUUUCCCAUGUGGCUGCACUAAAGAAGGAUGUAGUAACACAGCAGGUAGAAUUGAAUUUAAUCCUAUCCGUGUCCGGACUCACUUUUUGCACACAAUAAUGAAACUUGAACUGGAGAAAAACCGCGAGCAGCAAAUCCCCGCGCUGAACGGCUGCCACGGCGAGAUAAGCGCCCCCAGCGGCUCCAUGGGCCCCGUGGCGCACUCCGUGGAGUACUCCAUCGCGGACAACUUCGAGAUUGACACGGAGCCCCAGGCCGCCGUGCUGCACCUGCAGUCGGCCGAGGAGCUGGACUGCCAAGGGGAGGAGGAGGAGGAGGAGGAGGAGGAGGACGGCAGCAGCUUCUGCAGCGGCGUCACCGACUCCAGCACCCAGAGCUUGGCGCCCAGCGAGUCCGACGAGGAGGAGGAGGAGGAGGAGGAGGAGGAAGAGGAGGAGGAGGAGGACGACGACGACGAGGAGAAAGGGGACAGCUUCGUGGAAGGUUUGGGGACCCAUGCGGAAGUCGUGCCCCUUCCUUCCGUCCUCUGCUAUUCCGACGGCACCGCCGUUCACGAAAGCCACGCGAAAAAUGCUUCUUUUUAUGCCAACUCUUCGACCCUGUAUUACCAAAUAGACAGCCACAUUCCAGGAACGCCUAGCCAGAUCGCUGAGAGCUACUCGGAAAGAGAUCCCGUGAAGAACGGUACCCUGUCGCUGGUGCCUUACACCAUGACGCCGGAGCAGUUUGUGGACUACGCGCGGCAGGCGGAGGAGACCUACGGCCCCUCCCACUACCCCGCGGCCAACCCCUCGGUCAUCGUGUGCUGCUCCUCCGCCGACAGCGACAGCGGCGUGCCCUGCAGCAGCCUGUACCCCGAGCACAGGCCCGGGCAUCCCCAGGUGGAAUUUCACUCGUACUUGAAAGGCCCCUCCCAGGAAGGGUUUGUCUCUACACUGAAUGGUGACAGUCACAUUGCCGAGCACCCCGCUGAAAGUUCUUUGAGCCUGGCGGAGAAGAGCAGAUUGCACGAGGAGUGCAUCAAAUCCCCCGUGGUCGAGACCGUCCCUGUUUAGUAGCGUAAAUUAUUCCAGGACCAACUCUUCUUCUCCUCUUUAAAAGCACUGUAUUUAAUUGGAUUUCCUGGGCCCAUGGUUGUUUAAACUGAGGACCAAGAAAACCUGGACUGUGGCGAAUCUUCCAGACUGUAUUUUGUUUUCUCCUUUCCAGCUACACGACCGUGGCGUUGCACAAAUACAGUCUCUAUGAGGAUUUUAAAAGAUUUCAGACUGUUUUGAUAGAAAAUGCUAAUUUAAAAAAAAAAAAGCAUAUCUCACAGUUGCCUACCUGUCAAACUGUGUGAAACCUGCCAAGCUGUGUCGAUCAGAGCUCCAAGUUUUGGAUUAUCGGGCCUGUGCAAGAUUGUUAGCUAAGACUGGGAAAUAAUAAGAUUUAGAGUCCUAAUUUUCGAUAAAUCUGAAGAUGACGGUGACUUUUUAAUGUAAAAGUAAUUAUUGUAAGACAAAGAUUUAAUUGUUCCAUGUGUAUUUUAUUUAUGGUAGUUAGAAGUCAUGUUUUGAUGAAAAUGAACAGCAGCAUGUUCUUUUAAACUGAAGAUGCUUAGUUAGUUCCACCGAGCAUGCCCACAUGGAUUGCAUCUGGAAUCCAUUCACGUUUUUAUGAUCAUGACUGAUCAGAUUUGCAAAUACUUUCUUAAGGGUGAAAUAGGCCUAUUUUUGCUAUUUUGGACAAAUAAAUGAGUCUAUAUGUGCAGGUCCUUACACAGUUUUCUCUAAAGUUAAGAGUUAGGACAAUCCUCUGGUGAGGGUCGAGUUCACUGCCCUCCCUCAGUUGACUCCAGAGAUGGAGGUAGAAGGAAUUGCCUUUCUUUUUUAAACAGCAUCAUCUUGGUUCUUAGCUUGGACACAGCACCUUUAAACUCUACUCCCCUACAUCAAAAUGCACUUUAGUGCCCCUUCAUGGUACCUUGUGAGGGGUGGGGACUGAGAACUCUUUGAGAUGAAAAAUUUAAAAAUUUUUUAAUCUGUAACUAUUAUAAGGUUCAUAGAAAUAAUAUAGAGGAAUCAUCCAAUGAUAACUUUAUGAAGGGAAAAUGACCUAUUUUCCUUCGCCACUCUGAAGACCUAACUCGGUUAAAGCAGAGGAGGCAGAGGAAACCUGGAAGAGACACAUCCUCAGCAACCAGCCUUUUCUACAGCGUGAUCAAUCCAUCUCUGCAAAAUGAGUAUGUAAGGAGAUUUCCUUUUAGUGACUAGCCGAUUGAAAGGGGGGCCUCUACCCAAAUACUCAACUAGGCCUUACUUUUCUGAAGCAUUUUGAUUUCUCUUGCCUGGGACAAUUAGCAGAACAGUCCAGAAUGCAUUGAAUACUUUCUAAUACCUCACGUUCUCUUAUUAAAGGGGACAGAUAGAAAUAAAACAUGCACUCCCCACCUUUAGAUUAUCUGCACUUGGUUAGUCGGAGGACUUCUAAGAUCCUGUUUUCCUGUACAUUGAUUUAGGUAACUAAAUGGUGUGUUCUACCUUUUUUCCCCCAAUGCAAUAUGACUAUUUUUUGACCUUCUGUUGUUACGCCAUUUCACAUUUGAUGCCUCUUUGAAAUGUGGACAUGCCUUGCUAUUCAGUGACUGCAUCGCUAAUUUUUAUGUCUUUUAGACUUAGAUGUUUAGAAAUAUGGAUAUAAA